AUGUCAGGAUAUCACCAAAUACAAAAUGUUUCGGCUCUAAUCCCCACGAUCGAAGCUCUGGACGGCACCGCAUCCGUUUUUCCCCGCUGGCGAUCUCGGAUUGAAGACGUUCUGGGAAUGCAGAACACCCUCGACAUCGUCAAAGGUACUCUACCUCGCCCAAAAGAUGAAACGAAGGACGCUGCUCCGUAUUCCCGUCCUCCCGAUGCCAAAGGAUACAAUCCGAGAGAAAGCAAGGAAGACUGGGACGCCCUCUCGGAUACGGCUUGCUCCCUCAUCCGGCUCACUCUGACUGAUCCCUUAGCGCAGCGCUACAGGAAAGUUAAGCCGGCAUCGAGGCUCUUCACUACAAUUGUGAACGCGUACGAGAAGAACACUCGGGCUCGACGCAUACGCCUACAGGAGGCUUUUUGGACCGCGAAGCACAACCCUCACAAGCCAAUCGCGCUAUGGAUUGGUUGUGUCCGAGUCGCGGCCGAUGAUCUUCUCUCCAUUGGAGAGCUUCCUACCGAUCGACAAAUUACAGACCGACUCGUUGGUGGUCUAGACUCGUCCUGGUCGGCGGUUCGCGAUUCCAUUGUUUAUACUGCGGUUGAAAUGUCCUUGGACGACACUGUCGGAGCUUUGGAAGCGCACGAAGUUAGCCUGAAUGGAAGCCAUCAAUCUGAUGUUGUUUCGGCAGCCUCGGCUAAACACAUCACCUGCUCCCACUGCGGCAAACGUGGCCAUCGAUCGUCUGAAUGCCGAAAGAAAGCCUCCUCCAAGACCAAAGCCGGCGCCGCGCAGACCGUUAAACUAGGCGGUUACGACUCCGGAUCGUUCGAUGAUGAAGACGAAGUGUCGCUGCGGCCCGCAGCGUCACCCAGACGUUUUGAGCCCAACCAAAUCCUCACGCUACGUCAGCAGCAGGGACAACUCAAACCAGGAAACGACAGAUCACAUUCACACUCAAACUUAACACAAGUCCCCUCCUCCGAGGAGGCGCGAAGGGGACUUGUGUUGGAGAGCGUCCCUUCGGGACCCUCCGAUCGAGAGGCUUAUGUUAAGCUUGAUUCACACUACAUUACCUUUACAGCAGGUCACCACCAGCCUACCCCAAGCUCUCAGGAAGCUCGGAUGAUAACCAAGAAACAGAUCCCCGAUGAGCUAGUAUUUGAAUGGAUCCAAUCUUCCCUGAGACAGAAUAAUGAUCUGAUGGAUACUGUGGGAUGGCUUGCUAAGAGUGAGAGUAAAGAAGUCAAACAGACCACGGGUAAAGUCCUCCUGAACUUGGUCGAAUGUCAAGACUGCAGAGGACUCGUCUCAAAAUCUGGGGGCGGAAGGAUGUUGAUGAAAAUCAUUGCAACUCUGAUGGUCUCUAGCAACAACCCAAAACCGCAACUUCCCGGCUUGUCAACAGCCUCAGAUUCAAUUCAACCCAUGCUUGACCCAUCCGAUCUCCACAACAUUCAAGCCUUGGCUGAGAUUCUCAUCACGACCAACCUGUUGCUAAUUUUUGGACCUUCACCAGACUCGCCGAUUUUGUUAUUGACCAUCAAACCGCUGACCACUCUAUUCAUCCACCCAUCCUCAACACUCCUCCAAACCUUUGAGGUGUUGAUAGCCUUGACAAAUCUUUGCAGUCUUGGAGGAGGGAUCCCAACGGAGGCUACCAAGCUUAUCUGCAACCUGUCGAGCACCAUCCACGUCCUCGCCAGUUUUGGCCCCCAAUCAAAUGAGCCAGCGGGUAGCAGAGGCUCGGCGCAUAUCUCAAGACUGCACAUCCUGAUCGCCUUAUGCUCGAGCAAAGAUCUCCAGACGGCCCUUGCGGCUGGGGGCGCAUUGGCCAUCCUCACCGAACAUUCAAAGGAGAUCUGUCAAGCGAUGCUGAGCUCAGAAACCUUAUCCUCCUCCAUUCUCUUAACUCACUCAUCCUAA